AUGGCCGACGACCACCACAACGACAACCACCACGACCACAGCCAACCACCACCCACCGCCGAACCCACCUCACCCACCGCCGAACCCCUCUCCCUCGCCCACUACAACACGCACGGCUUCUGCCAGCACCAGUCACCGACCUUCCCCCUCGCCCGCCACCGCCACGAGGCGCUCGCCAACGCAGGCUGCCAGGCGGCGCGGCGCGACUGGGCGCGUCUGAUCGGCCCCGGCGCGCCGCACGAGUUCGGCGCGUGCAACCCGGUGAAUGGGAAUUUCGUGGCGUUGCUGUUUCCGCUGUGCAGGGUGGAGAGGCUGGGGGUGGUGGGCUAUGUUGUUGAGUAUUCGUUUCUGCAUGAUAGUGUGGUUGAGGGUUUGGGCGAGGAGAGUUCAGCUCAACCGGACAAGUUUGGACUUGGAGAACUGGAAACAACCAGGCCCAAUAUCAAGGCCGGCAGGAAACAGAUGCAGGCCAAGAUCGUGUCCUUGUUGUCCGACAUCGACAAAGCAGGUGCCGCAAGGAUCAUGGCCGUCUGGAAGGCCAUGCUCUCAAGGACGCUCCGAGACAAGACCAAGGACUUUGCGAACUUGGAAGAGUACAUCGAAUUUCGCAGCAUCGACACAGGCGGAGCGUUUGGCGAAGCCCUCAUGUUAUUCGGCCUGGGCAUGACUCUCACCGCGGAGGAAGACGCCCUGCUCGCGCACAUUACCCAGCCGUGCUACGCCUCCUUUGCCCUGGUCAACGACUACUUCUCGUUCGAUCGCGAAUGGGGGGACACGCAAUCCAAACCCGGCGCCUCCAAGCCCAUCAUCAACGCCGUGUGGCUGUACAUGCAGUGGCGGGGGGUCAGCGUGGCCGUUGCGAAGCGGCUCGUGGCGGCGGCCUCGAACCGGUACGAGGCACGGUUCCUUGAGCUCUGUGAGCGGUUCAGGAACGAACACAAACCGAUUUCACCCAAGCUGGACCUGUACCUGCGGGGGCUGUCGUAUCAGGUGAGCGGGAACGUGGUUUGGAGUCUCAACUGUCCGCGCUACUACCCUGGGUUUCGGUACGAUCCGAAUGCGGGUCUGGAGGAUACCAUCACGUUGGGGUUGCGGGCGAAGAAACGCCUUGCUGGAGAGAGAGAUGCGGAAUCGUCAGUUGUCCUCCAUUGUGCGUAG